CAAACCAAAAUGGUCCCUGUUCACAAAGAGUUGGCCGAAAGUCAUGAUUACGAACCAUCGGUGAUUAGACGAUUUCGGUUGAGGCGUGGGACUGGAACCCAUGAGCCACCCUCCCUGCACGCCAAGGUAAAAAUUGAGCUCAUCAUUUGGACUCGUAUUUGGCGGUGUCCCACAAAGAAGUGAAAAUAAAGCUGUUGCUAUAAAAGUGGUGCCUCCGACCAACACUCACACUCAAGUACCCGAGAGAAAAAAAGGGAAAACACAACAAACAUGGGCAGAAGUGGUAACUUGAAAAAUGCUAUAGUAGCAUUUCUUGUUCCUCUCCCUUCAAUUCUCUUCUAUCUUUAUUUCCUUGACCAUUUCCACAGUAAUAGCAGUUCUCUUUCUUCUCUUUGGUCGUGGUGCUUCCAUCACCCUCUCCUAUUAGCCAAUGUCUUCUUUUUCUUCAAUGUCAACGUCCUCUUCUGGACCAUCGGUCACAUCCAAUCCAGCGACUGGAUGAUUGAUUUGUAUUGGACUGUGAUACCGGUGUUGCUAAUUCAUUACUAUGCAACCCACCCUUCGGCGCAAUUUGAUGGGUUGAGAUCAAAGAUCGUGAUAGUUUUGACCUGGGUUUGGAGUAUUAGGCUGACCCAUAACUAUUUCAGGCGAGAAAAAUGGCAGUGGGGUGCCAGAGAAGACUGGAGGUUCGCUGAUAUGCGCCUACAGUAUGGCAAGCAUUGGUGGUGGAUUUCCUUCUUCUCUGUUUACUUUUCUCAACAGAUAUUUCUGUUUGGGAUAUGUCUUCCACUGUAUGUGGUGCACUCGGUUGAUGAGCCCAUGAAUAUCUGGGAUUUGGUUGCUGCUGGAGUUUGUUUGUGUGGCAUUGUCAUAGCAUACUUUGCAGAUACGCAACUGCAUAAUUUUGUGACUAGAAAUACCAAGCUAAAAGAGCUCGGAAAACCCAUGGUUCCCAACCUUGACCGGGGCUUAUGGCAGUACUCCCGUCAUCCAAACUACUUUGGAGAGCAGUUAUGGUGGUGGGGGCUGGUUGUAUUUGCAUGGAACUUGGGUCAUGGAUGGACCUUUGUUGGGUCUUUGAUCAACAGUAUGUGCUUAGCUUAUGUUACUGUGCUCGUGGAGCAACGGAUGUUGAAGCAAGAGUAUAGAGCUGAAGCAUACAGGUUAUACCAAAAGACAACCUCAGUGUGGGUACCUUGGUUCAGAUCUUCUGCUAUAGCAGUGAAGGAUAAGGAUACUUGAUCUGACUAUUUUUGUUUCAUUGAAACAAACAUCUUGUGUUAGUUGUUAUCCUUUUUAGCUAUCUAUUUGAGAGGGGGAAAAAAUGGUUCUUAUCUGUGGUAGUCAAAGAGAGAUCCCUCUAUCGCUAUGAAAUCAAGUAAAUUAUUUCUUCAUUUGUAAUAAAAACUGUUUUCAUUGUAUGACUUUGGCAUGUGCUUGUAAUAUCUAGAUCUGUAGGUCAUAUUAAUCUGGUAUGGUUAUGCUUUCUUUUUCCUUUUGGUAA